CUGCACGGCGUAGAGAGUGCCAGCCAGCAUAAAGCCCGGCGCUCCGAGGGAUACUGCGCCAAGCCCGGGGGGCCACAGUAACGGUGAAUUUGUGUAUGUGUCACUUCAGCUUGAAUGCCAAUACUUCGGAUUUCUGGGACCACUUUGUCACCGUGGCGUUCAGUUUGAAAGUUCUGGAGUUUAAUAAUUCAACUCUGAACAAAAUAAUUUGAAAAGUUUGUUGGAUGAUUUUAGAAAGGAAGUUCAUGUGAUACUGACGGAUUCAAGGUACCGGUGAGAGUGUGAUCGUAUUGUAUUUUCCUUCUAUAAGGCGAUCCAUAAAUCAUAAAGGAUAUAGUUUUGGUUAGGAAUUAGUUCUUUGGAAUAGAACUUGACUCCGUGUCAUAUUCCUAGACAAUUAUAUUCGACCGGAUUGAGCAUUUCGAUCUGACAGAAUGACACUGACUAGUUCCGAUCAGCGGUGACGGAUGUUUGAUGAUGGAGAUUAAGUGCCCAUGUUUGACAUUCGAACUGCUUCUAUGAUAAGGUUGAUCUGAGUUUUUAAAAUUGUCAACUUAUAUCUGCGCAUUGAACUGUGACAGGGAUACUACUUCAAUGAGAGACGCCUGGGAAUAAUUGGUCUCUGCUUGUCAAUUCUGCCUGAUCCUUUAAUAACCACAAUUAGCAUUCCUCCUCUCUAUCAACUGUACAAAGUUCGUUUCCAAGAUGGCGACCAAGAACCAGCGGAAGCUGAAACUUCUGCAGGAUCGUAUGCAAGCGGGUUUGACAGAGGACGAGAGGGAUUUCUUACAGGCCGCCGAGCUCGGGGACAUCGAUGCUAUCAAGAGUCUUAUAGAGACAGAGACUGUCUCUGUAAACUGUGUGGAUCCACAAGGACGUACUGCUCUAGAAGCAGCUGUAGCGGCUAAUGAUGAAGACAUUGUUCAUUAUCUUCUGGGUAAGGUGAAGGACAAGACCGUCCACAAGGCUCUGCUGUGUGCCUGCGACAAUGACAGGGACAAGAUCAGUGAGAUCAUACUUCUGCAUCCUCUGUAUCAGGAGAGGAAUGUUUCAGCAACCCAUGAACAGAUCUGGAAGAUUGGAAGUAAGUCGACGUCUGAUCAUCCUCAGGUUGAUACCCUUCUUAGAGAAGCUCUGCUCAGGGCGGCCAAGAGGAACAAUUUCCAGAUUGUCAAACAGCUGAUGUUGAUGGGGGCUCAUUUGGACCCUCCACAUGACUACUUCUGUAACUGUAGCGAGUGUACCACCCAGAGGAGUGAGGACUUUAAGGUGUACACCAACAAGCGUCUGGACACGUAUAGCGCCAUGGCUAGCCCUGCAUAUAUCUCUCUGACGGAAGAGGACCCCAUAAUGUCUGCCUUUAAACUCAGCCAGGCCUUCAAGCGUAUGGCUGAGAUUGAGUCAGAGUUCAAGGUGAUCUACAACGACCUUGCAAAUCAAGUCGAAACAUUCACCUUGGCCUUGCUAGAUCAAUGCCAUAGUUCAGACGAGGUCAAAGCCGUUCUGAGUGGCAAGCCAGAUCUACCUGAAGAGGACGCUGAUGAUGAUGAAGAAAACGACAUCCUGCCGAUGCUCAGUACUGCAAUACGAAUGGAGCAGAAACGGUUUGUCGCCCACCCUCAGUGUCAGGCGCAGAUAGCAGAGCUAUGGUACAGUGGUGUACCAUUUCUUCGGUACCUGAACAGGUUCACCUACCUGAUGCUAGCCAUCCCCGUCGGCAUCGUGAUGGUUCCAAUCCUGUCCAUUAUCUACCUCAUAGCACCGUGGAGCAAGGUGACAGUCAUCCUGGACACUCCUUUGAUGAGAUUUCUCAGCUACACCUGCUCAUACCUGUCCUUUUUGGUGUUUGUCAUGGUAACGAAACUGAAGCUGACAGAGGCCUUCGACAGCUUUGCCUGUGACGAGCAGCAUCCGUAUGUGUUUGCUAUCAUCACCAUCCUCCUUAUGUGGAUCUUUGGUUUGAUAUGGGAGGAGUGCAAACAGAUCUGGUCCGCAGGCGCAAAAGACUACUUCCGGUCUCUCUGGAACGUUGUCGAUUCUCUGAUGUUGAGCAUGCUGUUAGCAUCCUUUGUCUUGGAGAUCGUCACACCGAUCAGAUUACACCAGGUGAUCCAGGGAAGCAGUGAGAACGGCUCGACAGCCACGCCCCUGUGCACCCUCAUCGCCGACGGCGACAUGUCAUUGGUUGAAUUCUGCACCAUUGGCAGGAAGGAUAAUGUAUCAGUGAUAUGGGAGCCGGAGUGGAUACCAGACCCGGAGCUACUGUCAGACAUCCUUUUUACAUUUGGCACCAUCCUCAGCAUUGGUCGGUUCUCCUUCAUCAUGCCAGCCAAUGAGGCCCUUGGUACCAUGCUGGUGUCCUUCCAUCGGACAAUCAACGACCUGCUGAAACUGUGUGGAAUGUUCAUCCUUGUUCUUAUAGCAUUUGCCUCGGGAUUAUCAGCAUUGUACGCCCCGAGCAAGUGUAGGAAUAGAAGCUUUGGCUCGUUUGAGGCCACUAUAUCCACCCUGACUUGGAGUAUGUUCGGUAUGGGAGAUUCCUCGGCCCCAGCUACAGAUGGUCAGGGGCCACUGGCCUCUCUCACCAAUAACCCUCACAGGGACGCCGGCGUGACGACAAUCGGCUACUACCUGUACGCCAUCUAUGUAUUUGCGGCCAUGAUAGUACUGCUCAACCUCUUGAUUGCUGUCAUGUCCAACACCUUUGAAGAAGUUCAGGGCGUGAGUGAUGUGGAGUGGAAGUUUGCCCGUACUGAGUUGUGGUUGACCUUCAUUGAACCCGGAAGUCCCGUCCCGCCGCCAUUCAACGUCAUCCCAAGCCCCAAGAGCAUUGUCAACUGCUUCCGGUACUGCUUCUCCUCCUGUUCCUGCGCCAAGAAACCGGAGCCGGAACCCAAGACAUUUAAAUAUGCUGCUGUUCAGGAUUACCACUCAUUUGACGAGACAAGUGACCUUGAGUUAUCCAAUAUCGACAAAAGUGAUACAAAAAGCGAAUGUUCGGUCAGCUCCAUGAAGCAACAUAACAGACAGGACCUGUACUGUAUCCUAAUCAGACGCUACACAAGAGAUGUUGAGAGACAGAGAAGUGAAGGGGAUGACGCACCACACGAUGCCUCUGACGAUAUGUUGCGGAAACUGAUCGAAAGGGUGACCUCCAAGAUCGAGAAGAAGAUAGAGGAGCUCUAUUCUCGUGUCACGAAUGUUGAAAGCAACGUGAACAACGUCCAGGAAGGCGAAGGCGACAUCGUGAAGCUCCAGGUGGAACACACAACCCUGAUCAAGGACGAAGGCCGAAAGAGGGAACUGGAAGUUGAUAGGUUUGUCCAUAUGCUGGAUCAAGCCAAACUGGAGCUUCUGUCCCGCAUGGAAGCAGAAAGAAUCGAAGUUAUACGAAUCUGGGAAGAGCAACUACGGGAAGUGCUGCGUCGACUCGACGAUAGCAGAAGACGGGUGGCUGAUCGUGUGGCUGAUUUAGAAGCACUACACGCAGCGGAUGAAGCUGCUAGAAGAGCAUCAGGGCAACAGAGACCCCGUAGAACUGGACACGAUGAAUAGAUUAUGUUGCUGUGGUUUACAGGACAUAGAACAGCCGUAGACUGAUGUUACAAAGUUAUUUCGAGGAAUCGGACUCUAGAGUGUUUUGGGACUGGAUGUAAUUUUCUUCCGAUAAGGCGUUAUUUGACAAUUUAUUAUAGUAGUUCUCUUUCAGACAGUUCUUGCACAGUUUAGUUCUCCGCAUGGGUAGACUCAAUUUUAUUUAAACUCAUAGUAGUUCAUAGAUGUUAAGCUCACAUUACUAAGAUUAUGUGGAAAUCUUUAAGUAUCCGUUGCUAAGUCUUCAUGAUCCUUCUGCGGACAUUUAAAUGCAUUACAUCCUUCGAGUGGUUUUUCGUCUGUAAUAGACCAUCAAUUCAAUUGCUCUGUUCUUGACCAAACAAAGAACAGGAGAGAGAUACUAAAUUAUGGAAAACGUAAACACUUAUGGAGUUAAGGCAACACAAAUUAAAGACAUAAUCCCCAAUACGUUUGCAUUGUAAUAUGAAAAUAUGUGUAGCUAUUUCUGUUAGAAGUGUUCACAUAUCCGAUACUUUUGUAGCUCUCUGGUAUUUCUAAUGGUAAGCCAAUGUGCGCCUACACCAGUGAUGAGAUGUUCAGUCAACAUUGCACAACUAAAAGGUUUUACCACUUUAAGCGGAUAUAUAGUAUAUGUUUUCAAUUCCUUUUCUCAAGCAUUAUAACUUUCAAUGUUUAACUAAGGCUGAUUAUAUGAUCAAAAUAAUUUUAUUUUAUGCACAAAUACUGUACAUUCUAUAUGUGUUGUGUUGUUUAUGACAAUAUCAUUGUUAUACACGUUU